CGAACCGCCGCGGAUUGCCUGACAAUAGGCGUGAAAUUAGGGAACAUGGGAUGAAAUGCAUCAUCAUGUUCCAUUUGAUAUACUGCGGCUUGCGUAUAUAAUGUUGUAAACAGUAACCCUUCGCCUCCUCUCUGGGUUGUGCUUAAUAUUCUGCAUUCUUUUCUGUGGUCAUUAUUUCUAAGGUUUCUAUCAUGGCAUUUGUACAGGCUCUCCUCGCCGACGCUGGCAUUCCCAUCAAGGACAGACAAGAUGCCCUCCACCGUAUUCUCGCCGAUCCAGGAAUACCAGGACCACUCCGCGAGAGCACCUCUUCCUUUUGGCUCAAAGAUCCGCACCCGCAGCUGGCCAACAUGCAAUCGCCGGACCUGCCUCAAGAGGCUGAUGUUGUAAUCAUUGGGUCUGGCAUCACAGGUGCUUCGAUUGCACGCACCCUGCUGGAGGAAUCUGACCAGCUUGGUAAGAUAGAUAAGGGGAUACCCGCAGUUGUAAUGCUGGAAGCACGAGACACUUGCACUGGCGCAACGGGUCGCAAUGGAGGCCAUAUUCUGGAAACGGUUGAAGAGUUUACCGAUUGGGAAGCACACUAUGGGCUGGAAGCGGCAAAGGCAUUGACACGGUUCCGGCUGGCCCAUCUGGAGGAGAUUCUGACGGUUGCGGACAAGUAUGGAUUAACAAAGGAAACGCAGGCGAGAAAAGUGGAGUUUCUCAGUGUGUAUUUCGAUGAAGAAAGGUGGCGUGACGCAGUGCAACGCAUCAAACGGUUCAAGAGGUGCAUGCCUACAGAAUCAACCGAAUGGAAAUUACUUGAGAAGAGCGAAAUCCCCAAGGAAUGGUGCCUUCCCCAUGCUAUGGGGGUUGUUGCAGGACCAGCCGGAGCCCUAUGGCCUUAUAAACUGGUCACCGGUGUGUUGGAAGAACUGCGACGAAAAAACGCAGGAAACUUUCUAAUCGAGACCAACACGCCGGUGGUUCAAGUCUCGACUGACGCCACCUCACCUUUACGGUAUACCGUACAGACGCCGAGAGGAAUCCUGCGCGCCCGGAAUGUUAUCCACUGUACCAACGCUCAUGUUGGACACCUUGUCCCUGAGCUAAGAGGCCACGUUUACCCUGUUCGAGGACAGAUGUCCGCCCAAAACCCCGGCUCUAAAUUUAUUUGUCAAGCAACAGAACAUUCAUGGCUCUUCAACUACGACCGCGGUUUCGAUUACCUGACACAAUUACCCCCUGCAGGCGAGUCCAGCGGAAAGAUGAUGCUUGGUGGUGGCUUUGCUCAAGGUCGAAACGGUGGGCUUGCCGAUCUGGGUAUCGCAACCGACUCUGAACUGAGCCUGCCUUGCAAUAUUCAUCUGUCCGGUGUGUUAAGUGCGGUCUUCGGCCAUGAGAAUUGGGGUCACGUCGCAGGUUCGUGUGUGGAACAUAUGUGGACAGGAAACAUGGGAUUCAGUAGUGAUGGCCUUCCGUGGGUCGGACAGCUACCAUCGUCUGUGAGCCAUGCUGCAGAAACGACAAAGGCUGACGGUGCUCAGUGGGUCUGCUGUGGAUUUAGCGGAGAAGGUAUGGUGCAGGCCUGGUUAAGCGGAAAGGCUGUGGCACAGAUGGUGUUGGCCAGCGAUCGAGAGCACCAGUUGAAGCCUGAUUAUCUAUCUUGGUUCCCAGAGCAGAUGCUGCUUACUGAAGAGAGACUGAAGAAAGCUGGGUUGACACGAUUUGUUGGCGACAGGGCCUCAAAUUUGUAACACUGCUGCAUUGGAUGUCAGCAUGUCAAAUACAGAUUGGAUCGAUCAUGUUCCAAUUUAAC